UCCCAGGCUUCAACGCCGCCGCCGGGGAGCGCCCUGAGGUUGGGAGCGCCCGGGCGCGCGAAGGAGGUGGUGGCUCAGGAGUCGGGGCAGACCGUGGGAACCGGCCCCGGGGGGCGUGGAAAGGCGGGGCGCGGGACUCGACCAGCCUCUCCCACGCCGAUGGCAAAAUCUCGGAACUGAAACAGCCAGUUGUUCUCAGCUUCCCUCUGACCCGCCACCCUGGACAUUGUUUUCCAUUCGCCCGGGUCGCGGGUGGGAGGCGAGGCACGCCGGGGUUCUGGAGCUUGGCCGCGCGCCAGGCUUGUGGCCUUCGUCCCCUGGGGCCACUGGGGCGGCCACGCCUCUCCGGCAGGAGGAGAGAACGCGUGGGUCUGGGUGGCUGCUCCGGCCCUCCCGCCUCCAGCUCCGCCAUGGGGUCGCGCAGCUCCCACGCCGCGGUCAUUCCCGAUGCGGACAGUAUUCGGCGAGAGACCGGCUUCUCCCAAGCCAGCCUGCUUCGCCUGCACCACCGGUUCCGGGCACUGGACAGGAACAAGAAGGGCUACCUGAGCCGCAUGGAUCUCCAGCAGAUAGGGGCGCUGGCCGUGAACCCCCUGGGAGACCGCAUUAUAGAAAGCUUCUUCCCCGAUGGGAGCCAGCAAGUUGAUUUCCCAGGCUUUGUCAGGGUCCUGGCUCAUUUUCGCCCUGUAGAAGAUGAGGACACAGAAACCCAAGACCCCAAGAAACCGGAACCUCUCAACAGCAGAAGGAACAAACUUCACUAUGCAUUUCAGCUCUAUGACCUGGAUCGCGAUGGGAAGAUCUCCAGGCAUGAGAUGCUGCAGGUUCUCCGUCUGAUGGUCGGGGUACAGGUGACAGAAGAGCAGCUGGAGAACAUCGCUGACCGCACGGUGCAGGAGGCUGAUGAAGAUGGGGAUGGGGCUGUGUCCUUCGUGGAGUUCACCAAGUCCUUAGAGAAGAUGGACGUUGAGCAAAAAAUGAGCAUCAGGAUCCUAAAGUGACUCCGUUUGUGCCUUGGGCUUGCUCCUGCAACCAGUAUCUCCUUGGAAUUCAUCCAAAGCCCCCAUGGACUCAGGGCGCCAAUAAACUGUAUUCUUGCUUCUAACUCUAUUUAGGGCCAAGGGAAGAAAGCUGGAAGGAUGUGUACUAAAGUCUAGCUCAGCAUUCCCCAGCCUUUUUGGCAUCGGGGACAAUUUUUCCACGGAUGGGUGACAGGGGAUGGUUUUGGGAUGAUUCAAGUGCAUUACAUUUAUUGUGCACUUUAUUUCUGUUAUGAUUACAUUGUAAUAUAUAAUGAAAUAAUUAUACAACCCACCAUAAUGAAGAAUCAGUGGGAGCCCCAAGCUUGUUUUCCUGCAACUAGAUGGUCCCAUCUGGGAGUGAUGGGAGACAGUGACAGAUCAUCAGGCAUUAGAUUCUCACAGGGAGCGCACAACCUAGAUCCCCUGGGUGUGAAGUUCACAGUAGGAUUUGGGCUCCUAUGAGAAUCUAAUGCCACUGCUGAUCUGACAGGAGGCAGAGCUCAGGCUGUAAUGUGAGCAAUGGGGAGUGGCUGUAAAUACAGAUGAAGCUUCAGCUUUGCCUGCCGCUCACCUUACGCUGUGCGGCCCAGUUCCUAAUGGACCACAGACGUGAUGCCAGGUCCAGCUCAUUUGGUCUCAGAGCUGUGAAUCAGCCAACCAUCUUUUGGUUGCAAAUCACUGAAAACCCAACUCAAAGUGAUUUAAGUCAGAAAGAAAUUUUGAGAGCUCAUGUAAUUAAAAACUCUGGAAAUAUCUUACUUUAGGCACAGCUGGACCCAAGGGCACAAACGAUGUCAUCAGACCCCAGUUAUUCUCCAUCUCCCAGCUCAGCUUUUUCUGUCCAUAAGCCUCAUUUUCAGGAAGGCUCUUUCCUAGUGGUGGAGAUGACCACUACCAGCUCCAGGCUUCUAUCCUACUAACCUAGUAACCCAGUGGGAAGAGAUUUUCUUAUUCCAGUAAUUCCAAGUGGAGAGAGUCAUUAACCCGGUUGGGGUCUCAUCCCUACUUCUAGGGGAAUGGAAUGCUGUGAGUGUUCACAGGCCAGGCCUGUGUCAUGUGCUAAUUCCUAGAGCCAAGGAAACAAGGUCUGAGGAUUCAGGAUGGGGUGAAAGUGGUUGCUUAAAGGAAAAUGAAAUACAAUUAGCAGAAUAAGGGGAAAUGAGUAGUUUGCUCUGCUUGGGCAAAACAAGAGAUGCCCAUUACUGUGAGGGACCCUUGAAGUCUGGACUCUUAAAUGGGUUUUUUGCUGAUUUCCUGGGUGCAUGCUAGGAUGAUCGGGCUUGAUGGGGUAGGGAAGAGUUGAUGUAAAAAUAAUAAACAAUACAUACCUUC